AUGACCUCGCCCUCCUGCGUGUUACAUCCAGCCCCUGGGGCGCUGGGUCCAGCAGCGUUUUUAGGGCGUUCAGCAGCGAGAGCCUCAGCAGUAGCAGGAGCGCCAGCAGCAGCAGCAGCCACACUAGUAAGUGGAGCGGCGACAGCUAGAAGGGGAAGGAGUUUCCGCCGGUACAGCUUCACGCUUCUUUUCCCUGUUUUUGUUUCCUUGCUUGUAAGCACCAUCGCGUAUACUGUGGCAGAAAUUGCAUCCGAUGUACCUUCUUCGGAUGACGAUAGUUCUGAGGCGAGCGGUGCAUCAAGUAAAAGCAGAAAUAAUGAAUCUCUGGCCCCGAAGCAACCACCCCAGCCUGGGAGUGGAGUUCCAGUCCCAAGCGUUUUUCAGGUGUCUUCAAAAAAUCCCCCUCUCCCCGUCCUUCUGCCUACGCGUGCCCGCAAAUCAGCACCUUCCAUAGGCCAUCGCAGCAUCAUUACUACCGUACCUGCAAGGCAGACUGUACCCACGGGAGUCUCGGUGCCUCCCUCAGGAGCAGCGGUGGUGUCGGAGGGGCUGCAACCAAAUACAUUCGGUCGUGUGGGGGCCUCUUUCGGCAAUGUAUUGGUGCUGACCGACGUGGACGAUACACUGUGGUGUUCGGGCUCAAUGAUGGCGUUUGGAAAACACAUUGGCGGAAUCGACAGCGAGUUGACCCGUGGCCUGCCCUAUCCAGCCAUUGGAACUCUGCUGUUCCUCCUGGCAAUGGGUCCUCACACAUGCACCCCCAGCGGCCUACGCAUUCCUCUUGAGCACUGCCUGGUCACAGCAUUCCCUCUACACACCCACAAUUGCCCAUAUGAAGUGCAGCACUUCCCACGCCCUUCACUGCUGCCGCGGGGUGCGGGUGUGCUGUCCGCAAGGGCCUCAACUUCCCCUUUGGCCCAGUUUACGCGACCCCCUUCGUUCUUCAAAGACGUCGAGGCGAUAUUUACCGCAGGGGCGCGGCAUAUUUACGGUGUAGCGGCCCCGCGGUGGCCCAUGGCUUAUCAAAACGAAAUGAAAUUUGCACAAGUGCUCUCCUCGCAGCAUUCGCGGGGUGCGGCUAAGGUCUGGGGUUUCGCAGAGGCUAUCAGCAGGGGAGGAACUGCCGUUGUUCUGGGCGAUACGGGCGAGAAGGACCCAGAGGCAGCUGCAGGCAUGGCCAUCAGGCAUCCCGAUGCGCUCGCAGCCGUACUACUCCAUGUUGUUUUCUUAGACAGACAAAGGGAGGUGGAGUUGGCCGCUGCAAAGACGAAAGUGGACUUGCCGAAACACGCGAUUCAUUUCGAAAUCAGCGUUGCUGGGCGAAAGAUUCCUGCGACACAGCUUGUGUACGAGGUGAUAGCGAAAGUGCGAGAGGGGGAGGAGGUUUUGUCACCGGGGGACUUGAGCGACGAAACGGCUUACGCUGCAGGGAUGCAGAUGGCCGUGGAUAUACGCAAGCUGCUCACAGCUGCAACAAGACAGCAGCUGCUCGCUGCAGAGGCUAGACUUAAGGGGGAACCCAACUCGUUGCCCUUGCCGCCUCCGUUGAUCUUCCUUCACGUUACGCAGGUGCACACGCAAGUUGUAGAAACACCUCAGGAAGCCAGCGUAGCAGCGCAGCUAGCCAGCUUCAGCAGCAAGCUCGCUACAAAGGUCAGCAGGUGGUCAGCAAAGAAGUUUUCGCAGAAUCCGGAGCUCAUUGACAUUGCAGGCUUUAGACAGGUGGCUGAGGUGCAACCUGUGUUUCUUCAAGCGCCACUGCAGCGAUUGUCACAGCAAGGUGCCCGUUACCCGCUGGGAGUGCCCUUCGCGAGCUACCGCUCGACUGUGGGAGCAGCACUUGCAAGUUGGACUUUAGGGAUGAUCACGACCCAAGACGUCCUCUCGCUCGUUGUGGCCGCUGUCCGAGAUUUGCGCUCUUUGGGGCCCGCCACUCACUGCUGGCAACGAACGCUUGUUCAAGAGAUGCUUUUGGAUGUUCUGGCCGUGCAACACUUCGUGGGGCCACUGGAGUCGCGAACGGAUUUGCUGGACGCCGAAGUGUUUGCAGAUGCGGUGUCUGCUUUGAGAGCCUUUGAGGGAUUCCACAAGGGACACUGUGGUUCGCACGAGAAUGAUAACGCGACUCCGCUCGAGACGUGUCUAGAUAAACUGGAAAGGGCAUUGGCCCAAUACGCAGCCAACGGGGGCCCCCCAAACGCAGUUCAGCAGCUACUUCCACUCCUUAGUCUCGCAUGCCGCUACAGAGGACAGAUGGAGCACUGGCUCUCUGCGGGCCCUGAAGAAGUAGAGAGUUUUGCCUUCCUUCUUGGUCGCGCAAUCAUUUUAGGAACCCCGGCAGCAAGUAUCGUCUAUAAGAGCAAGGAGGGACAAGAGGAGCCCUCCACGCAACAAGAGCAUGCACAACAGCAGAAUGAACAGCAGAAGACGCAGCAGCAACUGUUGCUGCGGCAGCCGAAUGCGAAUGCGCCGCUAAGUGAAGUUGCGCUGUACAGGCUGCAGAGAGACCUGAUGCUUAUGCCGGAGUUGGCCGUGGAUCUGCACAUUGAUCCUGAUGAGGCCCCAAGCUCCAUCCCUCCGUCGCUGCAGCUGCACGCCCUUGACGUGCAGACUGUGGAGGACCUGAGACCUUUCAUGCAGGAUGACUACCCUAAUGGCAUGGAAGCUCAGGGAGGCUUACAGCAGCAGAGUGAAAGCAGUGGCAGGGUCCCCAGCAGCAGCCGCAAGCGAGAUGGCAGUGUCACAGCAGACCCUGAAAAUGACGCAGUCAAAGACUAUUUGGGGGAAUGUCUGCAUCGAAAGUCAGCCCCUGUAUCAACGUGGGUGGAGAACCUAAGGUCUUUUUGUGUCAAUACCAGGGAUCAAGCGGGGACUGAAGCCUGUCAGGUAUUAAAAACGUGGCUGUUCGGCCCGGGAAAUUCUCAUGGACCCCAGGUGGACCGCGGAAGCCAAAGACGGUCACGGGCAGCUCUACCUGCUCUUAUUCGGGUUGCAGAGUGGAACACAGGAAAACCCAAUACAACGCUGGAUAUUCCCGAGCUGAGCAUCUCUCUCGAGCCAGUGCAUUAUAGACCAGGAGCGACUGGCCGGGAUGAGCUAGAAAAGGCCCACGCAUUUAACAUAGUCGGGAACGUUUACUCAGCACGAGGAACAGUGAGACAUCAGCGGCCGUCUGAACGUGCUGCGUGGCAGCGUCUACUUUCCGCCCUUAAAGUGCUUAGGGACGUUGAGUGCAAGGAUUUGUUUGGCUAG